AAUAUUUUGUAUGUAUAUCAAAGAGCAUUAUUUGAUUAUAAUUAUUUGAUUAUCAUUGGUAGACCAACACAAAAACAGGUCAAAGGUCAAAGAUAUAAGAGAAUUAAAAGCUCAUUUAGUAUAAACUAAAAGAUUUAAGCAUAAAAUAAUAAAUCUAUUCAAGUUUCUAAACAAUAUUAGAAUAGAAAAAUAGAAAAAAAAUAUCUCAUUCAUUUAUGAAUGAUAUCCUUCAGACAUUUAUGAAUAUAAAGGAUAUCUCAUUCACUUUGUUCAAUAUAAAAAAAAUAGAAAAUACAAGUUUAUCUUCAAAAAAUAUCUUUAACAUAAUAUAAAAUAAAUAUUAGUAAAACUAUAUGUUUCACAAUUUUAAAAAAUUAAUUAAAUGUUCUUAUAAAACAUAAAAUUUUAGAUAAAAUUAAUUCCUUUCUUAAUUUAAUACUUCUAUAAGCAAUUUUAAAAAUAAAACUAAUAAAGCUAUAUGUUAAAAUAGUAGCUAUAUAAAAUUUUAAAUUUAAAUUUCUAUAUUUAAUUGUACAUGUAUACAUUUAUUUGUAUAAAAGUUUGGAGCGGAUUGGAUAUCCGACUCUAGAAUUUUUAGUAUUUGUGUUUUGCUUCAUUUUGAACAGAUGUUGAUUUUUAAUAUUUAUUUGCUUCGAAGACUUACGGAUGUCCAGAUUUUUUAAACGAAUCGAAUGAAUAACAAAUCAAAUUAAAAUUAACGGAUAAGAUGCCCAACCCUAUCCACCGUGAUAUGAACUUUGUAGGAUAGAUCUCUGGAUGCAGAUGGUUAAUCUUUGCAAAGCGAAUCAAAGACUCAAGCUUUCAAGGCAUGUGGAAAGGAAUGGUGACACAAGAGGGAUGGUUGGACCUCUUGAUACUUUUAGAUUUGGAUAUAACACACCAAGCAAAUAGCCUUUAAUUCUGUGGAUAUUACACACCAGAACAAGAUAACUCCAAAGAGAAAACAAGCUAGAUUGAAAAUAUGAUGAUGAACAAGAGAAUUUCGAGCAAGAAAUAAAGACAAGAACCUUGUACAUGUAUAAGGUCUUUGGAAUGAAAAAAGUAAAAGACCAAAGGCUCCCACGUUAUAAGAAACUAAGUUUUAAAAUUCAAAAUAAAACAUAAAAUAAGCUUACGACUAUGGAUCAACAAUUAGGUGGUAGAAGAAGUCAUUUAUGGUCUCAUUUAAAACCUAUCUUUGGAAAAUAAAGUGAGACAAACCAAAGACAUGGAAAAAGAAUGCCUAAAUGUUGAUCAGCUUGACCUUCGACCAAGACUUGCUUGAACGAUGGUUAAGGUAACUAUGGUCAAGGUUUCAUGGAUGAUUACUUUUGACCAUGGCUUUCUUUUUGUUCCCAAACUGACCUAAACAUUCCACUAACAGCUUUCAUGAGCUUCUUUGAUCUUGCACAAGUCAUUGGACCUUUUUGAAUAGUUAAGACACCUUCAUCUUCAAUCUCUCCAUCUGGUUCAAGCUUAUUCCCACGUUCUUCACUUGACCAUCUGGACUUGACCAGGAUUGUAGCGUUCUCUAAUUUUUCUUUACCUGACCAUUUGGACUUAACCACAUUUGUAUUGUCAUUUGGUUUGUCAUCAGUUGACAAUCUAAACUUGACCAUGUUUGUAUUAUCAUUCGGUUCGAUCAGGAAUACAUAAUCCCAUCCCUUUUGAAAAGAAUUUAUCUUCAAAUUUAGAUAAUCUGCAUAAAAAAAGAGCCAAACCAUAACAUUGAAACUAUUACUCACAUCAUAACUAAUUUGCAAAUCGAACUUGUAGACAUGUUUUAGUGAAAUUAUUAGUUAAAAUAUCUUCAAUCCAAAUUUAUCAUUUCAGAAGUGAUUCAGAAUGUUUUUAAAAUCAUCUAAAAUUCUGUAAAAUCAGAACAUCAUUUUUUUAAAAAAAAAUUGAAAGACUAUAUGAUAUCUCUAUAUAUAAUAAUAAUUAUAUAUAGACUUUGCUUUUGCUUCCAAGACAUGUUUGUCAACUAUGUGAACUAUUCACUUUUCACUUUAUCUCCUUCUUCUAUGCCUAUCACCAACCCAUCAUACAUCCUGUUCUUCUAUGAUUGGUUGUUUUCAGUCACCGUCAGUAGCUUUAUUUCUUUAACGUAAGUUUCAAUCCUCUUUUUCUACAAAUCCCGCCCCUCGCGAUCUACGCUAACACCGAGAAUUGUAAUAUCCAAAUUGAUAUAAAUAGCCAAUUUAUAUACAUGCUUCCACAAAAUGUUUCUUUCUUUCUUUUCCAUCAUUCUUUAAAAAGAAAGGUAACAUGGGCUUUUCCUACGGCGGCACCGGAAUUAUAAUCGUGGGAGUUAUUCUGAAUGAUUUUAUGAGAGCUGUUUGUUCUUUUCUUGUUCCAACUCGUUUGUUUGGGGCUUAUUCUUCGGCCGGCAUAAACAAGAAGAUUCCAAUGGACGAUAUGCUUCCGGCGACGAAGUUCAAGGAUAUGUCACGGGUGGAUCCCCCGGAGAGCUGCCGGAUAUGUCAAGAUGAGUUCGAUGGUGGCGACCAGGUCCGGUGUUUAAGGAACUGCGUUCAUGUUUUUCACAAGACGUGUAUUGACCGUUGGAUCCAUGACGAUAAAAUGACAUGUCCUUUGUGUAGAACCCCAAUAAUUCCUGAUUUCUAUUUUCUUCGCUUGUAAAAAUUUUAAAUAGCUAAAACUAAAAAGAGAUACAAUAAUCGUUAGAAACAAAAAAAAAUAUAUUGGUUACCAUUUUUAAGCUUAGUUACACGCCAUAUUACCAACCAAAAAUUUUAUGAUUCAGGUAUUAAAAAGGAAGAAAAUUGGAUAAACAACAACAACAACCAAGGGAAAUAUAGGCCUUAAUUCAUAUGUCACGUGUGAUUGUGUAAACAAAACACUAUUCAAUCAUUAGUAUAUUGGGCCAUUACUGAAGAAGCCCACAUGGAAUUUCAGAGGCCGAGAGAACCGAACCAAGCGCAAAACGUAACUUGAAGAUUUUUUUUUUUUUUUAACAACUAACUUUAUUUAUAUUUUUUUUUUUUUAUCAACUUUCGGGCCACAACGGACCGGCCCGAUAGCCCAAACCCUCAUAGAGGGGAAGGCCUCACUACAGGAGGCAGGAAGGGGUUGAACCCUUGAUACCAAGGUCCCAAAGGGACUGACAUAUGGCCACUGGGCCAUGAGCUUGCAAACUUGCAAACUUGAAGAUUUUGUUAAAGAAAAAGAAGAAGAUAUAUGUAUAACAGUAAAUUUACAUUUCACCAACUUCGGCUGUCGUAUUUUUACUGUACAUAUAGAAAUUGAACUUGUCAAUACUUUUGAAAGUUUUAUCAAAUGACCUCAAGUUUACCAUUUCAGCAAGCAGUCAAUCACUGCUCGAUAGUCAAUAAUUUUUAUCUUUUUUUGGCCACAGCAGUCAAUUAUUAUAAUUUCUGUCGUAUACAAUCGGUCACUUACUAAGCCAGGUUGAAAUGUAAGGUUUUCUUGGGCUCUUGGAGAGCAAAAUGCAACCGGUGUUCCCCGUAUCCGGUUCCGUCUUGCUUCCCAGAACAGUUCUCCUCCUCCUUUUUAUCAUUUUUAUAUAUAUAGAAAAAGGGAGAAAUAAAUGAAAAAAUAAAACCAUUUGCAGAGUAAUCGAGGCGGUUUUAUUUUCUUCUUCUUCGUCUCUCAUCGCAAUCAUAUCUAAACAUCCUCUUCGUCUUCGUACGGCUCCUGCACAGUCUGUUUGAUCUUAUCGCUUCAGAUUUCAUCUGUGAGAUUAUUUCUUUUGUCAACCAUCUCUUGUCGAAUGGCUGACAAAGAGGAAGCAUCAUCAGGUGGUGACAACGCUACUCGUGGAACUGAUUGGGAAGUUGUUUCACUCACUGCUUCUGCUUAUGCUGCUUCUCCUGGUCCCAAACCAGUUGAUGAUGAUGUUACUCCUCCUCCUUACGAAGCAGAGACUACGACGACGACAUCUCAUCCUCUGUACAUGUCUCGCCACUUUGCUUUCCCACCCUCUGAAGAAGAACAACAUCACACCGACAUCCCCACGGAACCUAGUGAGAAGAAGAUGAAGAUGGAUUCUGAAUUCUCUGUAGAGCAAGAAACCGGAAAAGAAGAUGGUGGAGAUUUGACCCUAAAAGGCUUGGAUUUAGCCAAAGAUGAUGAGUUUGACUUUCUCCAAGAGGGCAAAGGCAAAAGCAACAUUUACAUGCAAGAUGAGAGAGCUUUUGGUGGCGAACACAGCGACCCUAUUCAACAACAAACCGACGUCGCUCCACCUGAACUGGAAGAGGAGCAUCAUCAAGUAGCAGCAGCAGCAAACUCCCCACCACCUUGCGAGCCUUGGUGGAAAAGAAGCGCCGCUUCUUUGAUCUCUCAGGCGAAAGAAACCAACACAGUUUGGUCCAUUUUCAUAGCUGCUGCUGCUGUCAUGGGAGUUGUGGUUCUUGGACAGCGUUGGCAACAUGACAGGUGGCAGGUUUUGCAGCUUAACUGGGAAUCAACCAUUGGUAAUGAGAAAGCAGCUGGAAGACUGAUGGGACCCAUCUCUCGACUGAAACAAGCAUUUGUCGGGGGACAACGACGGGAUUCUUUCAUUCGGGCCGCCGGUUCCCAAAACGACAGUUAAAACGAAGACAGACGAUGAAAAGGUGAUUUGGUUUGAUGAUGACGAUAAUAACAGUAUGUAGUAUGUGACUCUUUGUGUCCGAAUGUAAGUCUGGCGUCGAGAAAACAUAAAGAUGAUGAUAUGUAAAGUCUUGUUGUUUUAUAUUUUAAUGUUUCGGUCAGGUUUGUGAUGUGUGUAUAUGGCUUUCGGUUUGUUCUCAAGUGUACGCUUUGCUUUUUUU